GAUUAUAUUACGCCACUUUGUUUUUGUCGCAAGUGUAGGAAGUUCUGGUGUGUCCUUUCGGAGAUGUUGGACCACUGACGAUGGACGAAACUGUUGAACAGAGACCCGUGUCGGCGUCGAGUCUCGAUCUGACUGGUAGUAAGUCGCCCGACGGCACUUCUUCACCUUCUUCGCCUCAACAAUGUUCGAAACCUAAGCUUUCUUUUAGCAUUAGUAGAUUAUUAGGUAAAGACAGAGACGAUAAGAAGGAUGAUUCUUCGUCUUCUUCGUUUGACGAUUCGUGUACUCAAUGUGAAACGUAUAGGGGUGGUUGUUACGGGGGUCUUUCGCCUCCUAUCACUACUAGCACCUCUUCUCCAGUUACUAGAUUGGGACAAACGUACUUGGGGGACAAGUUUGUAUUAAAUGCGACCACCUACGAUCCUCUUCAAGGUGGUGGAAAUGGGACUGUCAUUCGCGUGCCGGCCCACAGGCCUACUCCAUUAUCGUACGCUUCGGCUUUUCCAUGGAUGGGCCACGCUACUCAAGGUCUGGUAAAGGAUAGAGUUCCAGUUCCGUUUUCUUUACCUACAGCUCUUCCACCCGUCGCUCCCAGAAGGAUCGGGCAUCCUUACCAAAACAGGACACCUCCCAAAAGAAAGAAACCCAGAACGUCGUUCACAAGAAUGCAAAUAUGCGAAUUGGAGAAACGUUUUCAUAAACAGAAAUAUUUAGCAUCUGCAGAAAGAGCAGCUUUAGCGAAACAGCUAAAAAUGACAGAUGCUCAGGUUAAGACGUGGUUCCAAAAUAGAAGAACGAAAUGGAGGAGACAAACUGCAGAGGAGAGGGAAGCUGAAAGACAAGCGGCCAAUCGACUGAUGAUGUCUCUUCAGGCAGAAGUAGUCAGCAAAUCCAUCUACGAUUCCACUAGGGAUCCAUUGUGCAUCAGCAACGCUUCUCUUCAUGCCCUGCAGAAUCUUCAACCGUGGGCUAAUGACAGUGCUGCUGCGGCUGCUGCUGCUGCAUCAGUUAAUUCUCAUCAUCAGGAGAGAUCGGGAACUUAUCUUCCUCCACCGUCACUCACAUCCCCUAUUUGUUGAUUCCUUUUUAAUGUACAUAUAUUAUAUAGACUGUAGGACUUAGAUGAAUAGAGGACUUGAAAGGAUUCUUUACGAAUGGAAUCCGAUUAAUUUAGGAUUGUUGAAGAAUAGUUCAUAAUGAGGUGACUUCCGAAGAGUUAUAAAGCUAAAAAAAACAAAAAAAAGCAAAAAAAAACUACCACCGAAAUGCUGUAAAUUAUUGCCAGCUAUGAAGAU